GGUUUUAUUUUGAAUGCAGUAGCCGGAAGUUGCAUUUGUUAUUGUUGUAGGUUUAAUCGUUCGAGCCAUAUUAGGUGCAGACUCUAACGCUUGGCUAAAUUGAGGACACAAACGUGAGCUCGCGGUUCAUAAAUGAGAUAGCAAAACACUGAGGAACCCGUAGAACUGAACACAUGGAUCCUAACCGGAUAAUGCAGGCUCUCAAAGGGACUAUCGACCCUAAUCUGAGAAUAGCGGCGGAAAAUGAACUCAAUCAGUCUUACAAGAUCAUCAACUUUGCACCAACCCUGCUUCAGAUCAUUGUGUCAGAGCAGGUGGAGUUUCCUGUUCGUCAUGCAGCGGCCAUCUACCUGAAGAACAUGGUGAGUCAGUACUGGCAGGACAGGGAGCCGUCUCUGGGGGAAGUCAUCUUUCCCUUCAAUAUCCACGAGAAUGACCGGCAGCAGAUCAGAGACCACAUAGUGGAGGGCAUCAUCCACUGUCCAGAGUCCAUACGUGCCCAGCUGACCAUGUGUUUGCGAGCCAUCAUCAAGCAUGACUUCCCUGGCCGCUGGACAGCCAUUGUGGACAAGAUCGGCAUGAACCUGCAAUCUCUGAACAGUGGCAGUUGGUAUGGCAGCCUGCUGGCUCUCUACCAACUGGUCAAAACCUAUGAGUACAGAAAGGCUGAUGAAAGGGAGCCUUUGCUCGCAGCUAUGCAAAUCUUUCUGCCGAGGAUCCAGCUGCUCAUCAGCCAACUGCUGUCAGAUGCCACCAUCUUCUCUGUCCUCAUCCAAAAACAGAUACUCAAGAUCUUUCAUGCUCUUGUACAGUACUCGCUGCCUCUCCAGCUGAUAAACAACACAGUGAUGACUCAGUGGAUGGAAAUCCUCAGAGCCAUAAUGGACCGAGAUGUUCCUGCUGAGACUUUGGAGGUUGAUGAGGAUGACCGUCCUGAACUGGCAUGGUGGAAGUGUAAGAAGUGGUCGUUGCGCAUCAUCACCAGACUAUUUGAGCGAUAUGGAAGUCCUGGCAAUGUGACAAAGGAGUACAGCGAGUUUGCUGACUUUUUUCUAAAGACAUAUGCAGUUGGCAUACAACAGGUUCUGUUGAAAGUGGUGGACCAGCACCGACAGAGGCAGUACAUUACUCCUCGUGUCCUGCAGCAAUGUCUCAACUACCUCAACCAGGGCCUGUCACACUCCCUGACCUGGAAACAGAUGAAGCCACACAUGCAGACCAUAACGCAAGAGGUCAUCUUCCCUCUGAUGUGUUACAAAGAUGAGGAUGAGAAGCUCUGGCAGGAAGACCCCUAUGAGUACAUCCGCAUGAAGUUCAACCUAUAUGAUGACCAUGCCCUCCCAGCCACCGCUGCUCAGAGUCUCUUGUGUAAAGCUGCCCGCAAACGUAAGGAGGUUCUUCCUCAGAUGAUGGAGUUCUGCCACCAGAUACUGAUGGACCCUUCUGCGAACCCCCGCAGUAAGGAUGGAGCACUGCAUUGCAUCGGUGCUCUGGCUGAGCUUAUACUGAGGAAGCGGAUGUACAGGGAGAAGAUGGAGCUGAUACUGCAAAACUACGUUUUUCCUUUGCUAAACUCUCCCAUGGGUUACCUGCGAGCCAGAUCCUGUUGGGUGCUCCAUUCAGUCAAUUCUUGCUGGGUGCUCCACUCAUUCAGCCCACUGAGUUUCCAGGAUGAGCUGGUUCUGAGGAAUGCUGUUGAAUUAGUAAAACAGGAUCUGAUCGACGACAAAGAGAUGCCGGUGAAGGUGGAGGCUGCCAUUGCUCUGCAGACAUUGGUCAGCAACCAGGAGCAAGCCAAACUGUACAUCAGGCCAUACAUACAGCCAGUCAUGCAGGAGCUGCUGCAUGUGGUUAAAGAGACAGAGAAUGACGACUUGACCAAUGUCAUUCAGAAGAUGAUCUGUGAGUACAACCAGGAGGUCGCGGCCAUUGCUGUGGAUAUGACACAGAACCUGGCAGAGAUCUUCACCAGGGUCCUUCAGAGUGAGGAGUAUGAGGAGAACGAAGACAAGACUGUCAUGGCCCUUGGCCUCCUUAGCACCAUUGACACCAUACUCACUGUCAUGGAGGACCACAAAGAGGUCACUCAGCAGCUGGAAGGAAUCUGUUUGCAGGUGAUCGGUCUGGUCUUGCAGAAGCCCAUCAUAGGUAUGGCAGAGUUCUAUGAGGAGAUCCUCUCCCUGGCAUUUGGCCUCACCUGUCAGACAAUUUCUCCCCAGAUGUGGCAGCUACUUGGCAUCUUGUACGAGGUCUUCCAGCAUGACUGCUUCGAUUAUUUCACAGAUAUGAUGCCUCUUUUGCACAACUACAUCACUGUGGAUACAGACAUGCUCUUGUCUAACCCAAAACACUUAGAGGUCAUUUACAGCAUGUGCAAAAAGGUGCUGACCAUAGAUGCAGGUGAGGAUGCAGAAUGUCAUGCUGCCAAACUGUUGGAGGUCAUCAUCUUGCAGUGCAGAGGCAGAGGCAUCGACCAGUGCAUCCCUUUGUUUGUGGAGGCAGUGCUGGAGCGUUUGAUGAGAGGGGUGAAGUCCAGUGAGCUGAGAACAAUGUGCCUUCAGGUGGCCAUCGCUGCUCUGUACUACAAUCCAGUGCUGCUCAUACACACUCUAGACAACAUGCACUUCCCACACAACCCGCAACCCAUUACUGCACACUUCAUCAACCAGUGGAUGAAUGACACAGAGUUCUUUCUGGGGCUUCAUGACCGGAAGAUAUGUAUCAUUGGCCUGAGUGUGCUGAUGGAGCUGCCCAGUCGACCAGCAGUGCUUGAUGGUGUUGCUGCCCAGAUCAUCCCCUCCAUCCUGCUCCUUUUCCUGGGUCUCAAGCACCUUCACACCUCUCGCCUCAUCAACAAACCAGAUCUGCUGGCGCACACAGGGCCCCAAGAUGAAGAUCAGAAUGGUGAGAAAAGAUCUGGAAAGAUGAGAUAGGAAGAGAGGAAAAUA